AUGUCUGGACCUUUACCGCAAGGAUUGACACAACGGCUGGAUCCAAACCAAAAUCGGUGUUAUGGUAUUGAUCCUGUUAAUAAGAAAACCAUCUGGGAUGAUCCACCUCAACAAUCUAAAGUUAUUCAACCACAAGUAAUUCCUGCUGGAAAUGGACAACCACAACAACACAUAGUCAAUGCCAUUCCUUCUAAUGACGGUAUUCAAACAUCGUGGUCAUAUACUUUGGUGGGUAAUGGUGGUAUACCGGUGACUGGAAAUACUGUUAAUGGGAAUCAACAGCCAGCACAAGGCAUGAACGUAUCACAAGCUAAUCAUACAGGUUAUGUUAAUCAUAUGGGAAAUGUUAAUUAUACAGGUCAUGCUAAUUAUACUGGCCAUCCUAAUUAUACAAGCCAUCCUAAUUCUAAUUAUACGGGCUAUCCUAAUCAAACGGGUCGUGUUAAGUAUACGAAACAGCCUAGUAAUACGAAUAUCAUUGAACAAAUUGGUCCAAUAGAUAAAUUUUCGAAAAAAUCUCAAGACGUUAUUAAUUUAAUUAUGUCAGGUCUUAGAAAAGGUAGUAAAAUGAAAGUUGGACUAGGUGGCGUUUCGACGGGAGGUACUGGAAUAGGAAGCAAUGGAGUUGGAAGAGGAAGCAACGGGUUUGGGAUGGGAAAUACUGGGUUUGGGAGGGGAAAUACCGGGUUUGGGAGGGGAAAUACCGGUAUUGGAAUGGGAAACACCGGCAUUGGGAUGGGAAACACCGGCAUUGGGAUGGGAAAUACCGGUAUUGGGAUGGGAAAUACCGGUAUUGGAAUGGGAAAUACCGGUGUUGGGAUGGGAAUUACCGGUGUUGGGAUGAUAAAUAAUGGUGCUGGAAUGGUAAAUAACGGUAUUGGAAUGGUAAAUAACGGUAUUGGAAUGUGUAAUAAUGGUGUUGGAAUGGGAAAUAAUGGUGUUGGAAUGGGAAAUAGCGGUGUUGGGAUGGUAAAUAAUGGUGUUGGGAUGGGAAACAAAGGUGUUGGAAUGGGAAAUGGUGCUGGGAUGGGAAGCAAUAGUGUUGGGACAGGUAACAGCGGUAGAGGGGGAAGCAGUAAUAGAGGUGGAGGAAGCAGUAAUAGAGGUGGAGGAAGUAGUAAUAGAGGUGGAGGAAGCAGUAAUAGAGGAAGAGGUGUCAUACUUGGAGGUGUCAUACUUGGAGGACAAUCCCUUUUACAUCAUGGAAAUUCUCAGCAAAGUCAUCAUGGAAAUUCAAAUCACCAUGGAAAUUCUCAGCAAAGUCAUCAUGGAAAUUCAAAUCACCAUGGAAAUUCUCAGCAAAGUCAUCAUGGAAAUUCAAAUCACCAUGGAAAUUCUCAGCAAAACAACCAUGGAAACUCUCAGCAAAGUCACCAUGGAAAUUCUCAGCAAAGUCACCAUGGAAUAUUUCACCACAACCAUCAUGGAAUAUUUCAUCACAACCACCAUGGAAUUUUGCACCACAAUCACCAUGGAAUUUUUCACCAUAACCAUCAUGAAAGUUCUCGCCAAAAUUAUCAUGAAAGUUCUCAACAAAGUCAUCAUGGAGGUUCUUACCAAAGUCACCAUGGAAGUUCUCACCAAAGUCAUCAUGGAGAUUCCCAGGAUCAGGUGUGUGUUCAAAAUGAAAUAUAUGGACAUAAUAAUUAUCAAGAUGGGGAUUAUCACGCCAACCAAGACCAAGACGGUUAUCAACACGAUCAAGAUGGUAGCUAUCAAAACGGUAACUAUCAAGACAGUGACUAUCAAGGUGGUUAUUAUCAACAUCAAGACAGUGGCUAUCAAGGCGAUUAUCAAUACAGUCAUGAUGGUGGCUAUCAAGGAAGUGAUUAUCAAAGCGGUUAUCAUGAUAGCUAUCAUGACCAUUAUCAAGACAAUGAUCAAGACAGCUACGGCAAUUAUCAUAGUGGAUAUGAUCAACAUAAUUUUGAUGAUUCGGGAGGAAUGUAUGAUAUGAGUUCUUUACAUAACGCUUUAGAUGAUGGUGGUUUUGAUCACCAUGGUGGUGGAGACUUUGGUGAUGGAGAUUUUGGAGGAGAUUGCGGCGGAGAUUUCAGUGGAGAUUUCGAUUGUAGUGGAGAGUUUUCAUAA